UUCGCUAUCCGGGUACUUUGUCUGUUCGUCGGGAUCGUGGACAACACCGAGAAAAUACUACGAAAUGGCGGCACGAAUGGUAUCACUUUUAAGGAGGCCUUUGAUAAGCGACAUCAGGCUAUCGUCAACAGGACAGUCUGCAUCUGCAGGGGAUCACACAGGUGGUGCAAAGACUUGGAAACUGUUAACUUACUUGGUGGCCGUUCCUGGUGUAGUGGUUUGUAUGGCUAAUGCCUAUAUGAAGGAAACGGAGCAUUUGAAUCAUUUAAAAGAACAUAGACCUGAAUUUAUCGCUUACCCACAUCUGAGAAUCAGAACCAAGCCUUACCCCUGGGGAGAUGGUAACCACUCACUGUUCCACAAUGGCUGGGUCAACCCAUUACCAGAAGGUUAUGAGGAGUCUGAUGAAUAACUUUAACACCAGCGAAUAACUUUAUUGUCUGCAGUUGUUUUUAGUUAAUACACUCCAUCAAACAGUCAUUUGUAUAAAAUAAAACUAUAAUAUUAUCCACAAUGUUAACUCCAAAGUAGAUAAUUGUCAAGAAAACAAUCUUGAGUUUGGGAAUUCUUUUUGUUUAAAUCUAUUUUGUGUGUUUGAGUCCAGAUUGAAAAUAAAAACAUCUUAAAGUUAA